UAUCGUUGCAUGCUGUGUACGUCAGUUUAGCUGAAGCCAGACAUGGAGUUACGGGAACAGCUUUUAAAACAAGUUUCGUUGAAGCCAUUCCUUGAAUUAAGGCUACGUAGUUUUUGUUAACAGAAGCUGUAGUAAUAUGAAUGUAUAUAACCAGGAGCUUAAUAAGAACGACUGAAGUGCGGAUUUCCGAUUUAUUAUCUAAAAUUUAUGAUCAGUGCCGUUGUACCUCACUUUAUUAGGCAAUCAUCUGGCUGCUUUCGGUUACAGCUCUUCUCGCUCUCAAUGUUUCCGCAGAUAGUCUUGCUUUCGUUUAUUUAAUUUCAUUUUACUCCUUUUUUUGGACAACGUUCCCCUUUUUUUUUAAAUCCCCACAAAUUUCUCGAUAAAAUUGCCGAAGAAAUAUCCUUCUGAUAGGAUUUCGUUAGAGGCUUUCAUGUUAAAGGAGCAAAUGUUUUUCUAAAGCUGCCACUCAAUCCCAGUCCCCUUACGCUAACAGAAAGAUCAAUAAAUAUCAUGAAGUAAUUCCUUACAGCUGCUGAUGUUGACUUGUGUGCGCGCAUCAGGGAAACGUGAUUUCAUCCACACCAGAUAUAUGGUAUUGGUACUAAAACAAAUCACUGACUGGUAAAUCUGAGAGGACUUAAUACUCUCAUAAAAACAAUAACCUGUUACAAGAGGGUAACCAUAUGGCUUCAGGAAGUGAGCCUUCUUGUAAGGAUCAUCCUGCAGAGCUUGCCAAGUUCUUGUGUCAAACCUGUAAUGAUGUAGUCUGUAGAAACUGUGUUGUUAGGGAAGGUCACAGAAACCAUAAGUACAUGUCCAUUCGAAAUGCAAGUGCUAAGGAAAGGGAAGCAAUCCAACAAGGCCUUGAAGAUGCAAAGCAGAAAUUAUCUGGUCUUCAAAGAUCAAUUCUCUUGGUGUCAGAAGUGAAGAAGCAAGUAGAGGUAAGGGCUUUGGAGUCAGAAAGGGAGGUUGAUCAUCUUAUUGAUGAAAAUAUAGCAGCCUUGGAACGUAAACGAGCACAGUUGAAAAGAGAUAUUGCUGUGUUGCGUGAUGAGAAAGUCCAACAGCUUCUGAAUCAAGAGAAGACAAUGAGUCUUGCUUUUGAGGAAAUCCAUAAUAAAGUAGAAUGCACUGGACAUGCACUGUGUCAAAUGUCUGACUUGGAGUUGCUAACCAGCAGGAGCAAAUUGUCUGGUCUACCUGAUUUCAAAGAAGUUGCUUUGCAAGGGGAGCCAUGUCGCACCAGUAAUUUUGGCAUAGAUGUGGAUAAAUCCUUGGUGGUUGACCUCAUUGUUGACAAGAUGGCUUGUGUUAGGGAUGAAGAUAGUCAACAGCAUGAUCAGUAUUUUCUCAGCAUGCUGGGAGGAAAGAAUGGACAGGUGUUUUCUUCCAGAUGUCAUCAGAGUGCCUACUUCAUUGUUUCUCUCAAAGACAGCCAAGGAAGGAACUGCAAAGUUGGAGUAAAUCAGGUGAAGGUGAACAUAAAACCACCAGGAGAUGGUGAGUUACAAAAUGCCAUCAUGGGGAGUAAAGCUGAACACCACACCUUCUCUUACCACCCUAGUGUGAUGGGAACCCACACUAUACACGUGUAUGUGGCCGGGCAUUGCAUCACCAAUGAACCAGUCAAGUGGAAGGUGGAAUCUUCAUUCUACAUUCUUGAUUCAACAUGUGCUACUCUCCCGCCAGAAGUAUAUGACCAGGACAAGGAGUCCUUGACAGGGUAUUGGUUCAAACGAGGUUGCCAUUCCUGGCAAGUGCGAAUUCUUACACCUGACAAGCUCAAAAGAUCUUCUGACCACCAUGUCUUUGAAGUGGGUGUCACUGAUGGUCAUCGUACUUGGCGCUGGAGUAAUGGUAUGAAGUACUACCCAAAUUCCUCAGCAAUUGUCAGCACAAUCAGCAACUGGCAGUGCGGGGAUUUGUUCUUGUUUUACCUUGAUUUGGAUUCGAAGCAACUUGUGAUCUACAAUCAGCGUUCACAUGAGAUGGAUCACUGGGGUGGAAUUCAUUCUCCUAUACGCCCCUACAUCAACCCACAGUCAACUGACUUCUUUGGAUUAAACUGAAUCAAUAAUAAUAUAGGAGCAUGCAUUCACGCAUUCAUGUCCCCAGACAUUAACUCAUAUCCCAAAAGAAACCUCAUGCAUUUUAGACAUUAAAAAAGUUGGCAGGAACGUGAUAAUAAGAAUGAUAAUGAAUUAUGGUAUUUGUUUACUGUUAGUAUAAAUUUUAAUUAAUAUUAGAAUUAUAACUAUGUGUUGAGUCAUGUAGUAGCUAUAAAUGUAUAUAGUAUUCAUGUUAGUGCGACACACUCUUACAUAUGCAAGAGUAGACCACUCACCCCAGAUGACACAACUUUUCCAUUUCUGUUUCCUGAUUCCCAUCCUGCACUUGGAUGGGAAGCUAGUCCAUAACAGUUCAUGUACCCCAGUGUUUCAUGUCAUGAGUUGGUUCUGACAAUUUGUUGGUUCUGCUUUUUAAUUUUAGAUGGAAAGAGUCACUGUCAGAAUAAGGUGUCUUGCUCAAGAAAACAAUGACUCUGAUCAGGGGCCAACUUUUCAAAAGCAUUCCUUACAAGUCCUUAAAAGUUGUAUCUUGGUUGCCAAUAUGGCAUUCUUGAUAGUUUUAAAAUUAAAUUCAAACCUUGAAAAUAUCAGGAAAAGUUACAGAAUACACUGAUUUUUGUGAUAAGAACCGCAUUACUAUUUCUUAGAUUUUGUGUGGCUUUUUUCCUGUAAAUUUACUACAAGACUGGCCUGUUUUUCUCAAAUCAUUAUAAUAUCAGUAAUGUAAUAAAUUUCUGUCAGCAACAUCAAUGGCAUGUAGCGUCAUAUAAGCCUUGAAUGAUUCUUAUUUAUCUUUAGUUAGUGCAGUAAUGAAUAGAAUGCCUACAUGUCAAACAUGAAGCAGUACACCAUUUUAAGAUCUAUUUUGUGUUCACCAGUUAGCAAGAAACUUCCAUUAAACUGCCUUUUUGAGAUAUUUACAUAGUUAGGAGUUAAUUUUUUAAGCUCAAUAUUUUUUUAAGUCCUCUUAACUUAAUGUUUAAACCUCUCUUAGGGAAAUCUUGUGUGGAGACCACACUUAAUGGCUAUUAAAGGACUGUAAGUAUUCAUUUCUAUAUUAUAUCCAAGUUUCAUGAGUGAAUUCAUGUAAAAAAGAAAGCUGUAAGAGUCUGCAGGUAUCUUAAAGAGUGUCCAUUUGAUGCAAAAAGUAAAGCAAGUGUGAAAGGGUGAUGGUAAGGUGUUACAGAAUAUAGCCAUUAAAAAGUGAUGGAUCUAUAAGAUCCGAUAAAGUAGCAA